CUUAUCUACGAAAGUAUGCGGUCCAAACCCCAUUGCCCCCAAGAUAACUUUUUUCUCAAAGCACCACACAAAAGAAAAGAAAAAACUCUAGGAAAAUCUGCAAAUCAUUACAGCCCAAAAUCUACAAAUUGGAACGACCAUGGCUGCAGCAACUUUCUCCUACAUGGCUCUAACAGAAGUCUCCAUAUUAGGCCUGACAGGCUGGGGCAAAAUCAACCUAAAAAAGACAAGAACGCUAUCCGUAUCAGCUCAACAACAAGAAGGAACCCAGGUUCAAGAACCAGAGCAACAGAAAGUCGAAGAAGAUCAGGAGGGAAAGAAGCGAAAAGAGCUGAGGCCAGUGGAGGUGCAGCGGAACGUGAAGAGCAAGAGCAUGGGGAGAGAGUACGGAGGGCAGUGGCUGAGCAGCACCACCCGCCACAUCAGGAUUUACGCGGCCUAUAUCGAUCCCGUCACCUUCGAAUUCGAUCAGUCCCAGAUGGAUAAGCUCACCCUCAUUCUUGAUCCGGGCAACGAGUUCGAGUGGAACACCGAGACUUGCAACAUGGUCUAUUCUUACUUCCAGGAGCUUGUUGAUCACUAUGAGGGUGCCCCGCUGACAGAGUACACACUCCGUUUGAUCGGCUCGGAUUUAGAGCAUUAUAUAGGGAAGCUUCUAUACGAUGGGACAAUCAAGUACAACAUGAAUUGCAGAGUCCUCAACUUCAGCAUGGGAAAGCCACGGAUUGGAUUUAGUUAUAGUGAGGGUGAAGUUCAAGAUGUAAAUCAAUAAGUACGCAAAUAAUACCAAACAAGUUUGGAUUUUAAAACAUAUCUGACGGAUGUUAAUACACUUUCAUAGAUAUCAAUACACUUUUCUUGGA